AUGAAGGCUACGACGCUUUACAUGCUUGGGCUAUCCAACAUGGCAGUUUUAGCCCAGUCGCCGCCCCCUUCCGAGUUUGGCCCAAGUCUUGACAUUGGCAUCGUGCUCUAUCCGGGCUUCCAACCUUUGGACGUCAUUGGGCCUUCUGACAUCAUGCUGCUGCUUUCCGCCAGCGUCAACAUGACCAUCUCUUUCAUCUGGAAAGAGGCCGGCCCUGUCUGGGCCCGUUCGCCGGACACGCAGCUCCCGAUCCAAGCCCCGAGCUUCAUGGCGACGCACUCCUUUGCCGACGCUCCGCCUCUAGACAUCCUCCUAAUCCCUGGCGGCGGCGGUUCGCGAUAUCUGAGUGCGAUCAACGACACGGCGAUCGAGGACUUUGCCCGCGAGCGCUACCCGAGCCUCAAGUACCUCCUGAGCGUGUGCACCGGGUCCGCAUUUUUGGCCAAGGCUGGCCUUUUGGACGGCCGCAAAGCCACGACCAACAAGGCAGCCUGGUCCUUCCCGACCGAGUUUGGUAACAACGUGACCUGGGUACCUACGGCGAGGUGGGUUGUCGAUGGGAAUGUUUGGUCCAGUUCUGGUGUUUCUGCCGGCAUUGACAUGACAUAUGCCUUUUUGUCAACGAUCCUUGGCUCGCAGCUGAUCGGCAGCGUGGUCAACACUCUCGAAUACGCACCACAUGUGAACAAGGACUGGGAUCCCUACUCUGUAGUGCACAAAGUUCCCGGCGCCGACACUUCUCGAUCUCUCGGCGAGUGCGUCGGUCCUGCCGGCUACGAAUUCAGUUGCAGCGGAUAG